GGAGCAACUCACCUGGCUGGUGGGUGUGCUGGGAGCAACUCACCUGGCUGGUUGGGGUGCUGGGAGCAACUCACCUGGCUGGUGGGGGUGCUGGGAGCAACUCACCUGGCUAGUGGGGGUGUUGGGAGCAACUCACCUGGCUGGUGGGGGUGCUGGGAGCAACUCACCUGGCUGGUGGGGAUGCUACGAGCAACUCACCUGGCUGUUGGGGGUGCUGGGAGCAACUCACCUGUCUGGUGGGGUUGCUGGGAGCAACUCACCUGGCUGGUGGGGGUGCUGGGAGCAACUCACCUGGCUGGUGGGGGUGCUGGGAGCAACUCGCCUGGCUGGUGGGGGUGCUGGGAGCAACUCGCCUGGCUAGUGGGGGUGCUGGGAGCAACUGGCCUGGCUGGUGGGGGUGCUGAGAGCAACUCGCCUGGCUGGUGCUGGGAGCAACUCGCCUGGCUGGUGGGGGUGCUGGGAGCAACUCGCUUGGCUGGUGGGGGUGCUGGGAGCAACUCGCCUGGCUGGUGGGGGUGCUGGGAGCAACUCACCUGGCUGGUGGGGGUGCUGGGAGCAACUCACCUGGCUGUUGGGGGUGCUGGGAGCAACUCACCUGGCUGGUGGGGUUGCUGGGAGCAACUCACCUGGCUGGUGGGGGUGCUGGGAGAAACUCACCUGGCUGGUGGGGGUGCUGGGAGCAACUCACCUGGCUGGUGGGGGUGCUGGGAGAAACUCGCCUGGCUGGUGGGGGUGCUGGGAGCAACUCGCCUGGCUAGUGGGGGUGCUGGGAGCAACUCGCCUGGCUGGUGGGGGUGCUGGGAGCAACUCGCCAUGCUGGUGGGGGUGCUGGAGGCAACUCACCUGGCUGGUGGGGGUGCUGGGAGCAACUCACCUGGCUGGUGGGGGUGCUGGGAGCAACUCACCUGGCUGGUGAGGAUGCUAGGAGCAACUCGCCUGGCUAGUGGGGGUGCUGGGAGGAACUCACCUGGCUGGUGGAGUGAUGGGAGCAACUCGAUUGGCUGGUGGGGGUGCUGGGAGCAACUCGCCUGGCUGGUGGGGGUGCUGGGAGCAACUGGCUUGGCUGGUGGGGGUGCUGGGAGCAACUCGCCUGGCUGGUGGGGGUGCUGGGAGCAACUCACCUGGCUGGUGGGGGUGCUGGGAACAACUCACCUGGCUAGUGGGGGUGCUGGGAGCAACUCGCCUGGCUGGUGGGGGUGUUGGGAGCAACUCGCGUGGCUGGUGGGGGUGCUGGGAGCAACUCGCUUGGCUGGUGGGGGUGCUGGGAGCAACUCGCCUGGCUGGGAGCAACUCACCUGGCUGGUGGGGGUGCUGGGAGCAACUCGCCUGGCUGGUGGGGGUGCUGGAAGCAACUCACCUGGCUGGUGGGGGUGCUGGGAGGAACUCGCCUGGCUGGUGGGGGUGCUGGGAGCAACUCGCCUGGCUGGUGGGGGUGCUGGGAGCAAAUCGCCUGGCUGGUGGGGGUGCUGGGAGCAACUCGCCUGGCUGGUGGGGGUGCUGACAGCAACUCGCCUGGCUGGUGGGGGUGCUGGGAGCAACUCGCCUGGCUGGUGGGGGUGCUCGGAGCAACUCACCUGGCUGGUGGGGGUGCUGGGAGCAACUCACCUGGCUGGUGGGGGUGCUGGGAGCAACUCACCUGGCUGGUGA